AUGGAUAAUCAUCAAUCUCAGCGUGGAAAGAAUAUUUUAUAUGAGAAACAUACGAAGGACGAAGGUGACACUCAACUUAUUCCAGAUGAUCCUCGACCCAUAAUUGAAAAUCAACUCAAAAAAAUUCUUCAACCGCACAAAAAAUCGGUCGUUUUAUAUAUGAUUUGUGCCGAAUUUGGAACCGAGAAAGCUUUAUCAAUCAAAAAGGUAUCAAAAAAAAUUGGACAUGGCAUAAUUCACGUUAAUGUUCCUUAUGACGUUGAAGAUUUUGGGAUAACAUUUGGAGAAGCAUUCAAUUUUGAAUUUGAGGAGGAUAUAACUCUUAAAAAAAAACUGAUACGAAAGAUCGGAGGUACUGAUGGUAAAUUGAUGAUUCCUGUAUGGAAGUGA